GCUAUCCCAACUGAAAGCUAAUGCCUCUCUAAGCCUAACAGUUCUGCCUCUUUAGUAGUCCUUUUCUUCGUUUGCAAACUGGAGGUCACAGCCUACCUUUCUCCUGAUUCUUAGUUGAAAUAAACGAAUUCAUAGGCAGAGACAGCCGGAGCAGAUGAUCAGAGCCGGUUUCCCUUCAUCUUGCCCUACUACGCUGACGCUGACAUGCAGAGUCAGCACAUUGAGGUUGCUCUCUUCAGUUACAGGCUUCACCUUUUUAGCCUUUUACACACUGACUCAGGGACUUUUCUACCCUCCGGAACAAGGACCUGGGGGCUUCAUUAGCAUAUGCAAAGUUGGGCGCGGCCUUUGGUCCAGCGGGAGUGACCCGGUGACCAAGUCCAUCUUUAUUUUCGCCGACCCACAAAGCCGAAAGUGCUAGUUUUCCGGGACAACAAGAGAGCAGCACCCGCUUCCACAGCCAUGGACUCCAGCUGCAGAACUCCACCAAGCAACUCUUGGGUUUAUCCCACUGUGAUUCUCUGCUUGUUUGGGUUUUUCUCCAUGUUCAGGCCUUCAGAAUCAUUCUUAAUCCCAUUUUUGUCUGAACCCAGUAAGAAUCUCACCAGCGCAGAGAUGACAAAUGAGAUCCUUCCCGUUUGGACAUACUCCUACCUGGCAAUGCUGCUGCCCGUGUUUGUCCUCACUGACUACCUGCGCUAUAAACCAGUCAUCAUGCUACACGUUGUGGCCUUUGACAUUAGCUACCUGUUUCUCUUGUUUGGCCAAGGUGUGAUGCUCAUGCAGACAGCCGAGUUCUGUUUUGGGGUUGUCUCGGCCACGGAGAUAGCCUACUUUGCUUAUAUAUACAGCGUGGUCAGCCCAGAGCACUAUCAGAAAGUGAGCAGCUAUUGUCGGAGUAUCACACUGGUGGCCUACACGGCAGGCUCGGUGCUAGCCCAGCUCCUGGUGUCCCUGAUGAACCUGCCAUACUCUACACUUUUUUAUAUAUCCUUGGCCUGUGUCUCUGUGGCUUUCUUUUUCUCACUUUUUCUACCAAUGCCUAAGAAGAGCAUGUUUUUCCAUACAAAAUCUGACAGAGAAGCUUGUCCAAAGCCACUAGAACAAUCUACUGUCCUCAAGGAAGCCCAGAACAACAGAACUCACCCAGAAUUGUUUGCCAAUUCAGAGAAUCUAGGAGACGGAGAGAUGAGCAACCUGGAUCCAGAAAAUUCAGCUUUGAGACACUUUGUGCAUUGGUUCCAGGAUCUGAAGGAGUGCUACUCCUCAAAGCACCUUGUUUACUGGUCCCUGUGGUGGGCUUUUGCCACAGCAGGUUAUAACCAGAUCUUGAACUAUGUUCAAGUCCUGUGGGAACACAAGGCACCCUCCCAGGACUCUUCCAUCUAUAAUGGAGCAGUAGAGGCCAUAGCAACAUUUGGAGGAGCUUUGGCUUCGUUCUCAGUGAGCUAUAUGAAGGUUGACUGGGAUCUUCUAGGAGAACUGGGACUGGCUGUCUUCUCGGCUGUCAUCGCAGGAUCUCUGUUUCUCAUGAAUUACACACUCAACAUCUGGGUGUGCUAUGCUGGCUACCUACUGGUCAAGUCUAGCUAUUCCUUUCUUAUAACCAUUGCAGUCUUUCAGAUUGCAGUUAACCUGAGCUUAGAACGUUAUGCACUGGUGUUCGGCAUAGACACCUUCAUUGCCUUGGUGAUUCAGACCAUUAUGACUGUGAUUGUGGCAGAUCAAAGAGGGCUCCAAUUGCCAGUCACUACUCAGCUAAGUGCCGAAAGGAAGCCCAGAACCUUGCUACCACCCAGAGCCCUGAUGAGCCACACCUACAAGAGCCAAGUGAUGUGUCAACAAAGUUGUAACCCAAUUACAUCGACUCCAGUCACAAAAGGGCAGGAUUUCAAGAUGGGCAGGCAGAAGUGUUUUGCCACACACUCAAUCAGUACAGAUUCCAAAACCGCAACCAAACUUUAGCCUCAGGCUAACUGCCCAACUAACUGCAAGCACUCCAUAUAUGGCCAUGACAACUGUAUUAGUUACUUACUUGAUGCUAUGACAAAAUAUCUAACAAGAAGCAGCUCAAGGGAGGAACUCAAUGUCUCAGUUCACAGUUUGGAGGGACACAUUCUAUUACAAGAGGGAAGACAUGACUGCAGGACAAAGGAGCUACUGGACACAUUGCAUCUGCAAUCAGGAAGAAAAGAACAAUGAAACCUUGUGUUCAGAUCAUUCUCUCUUUUUUAUUCAACAUACCACCCCAACCAAGGGAAUGGUAACACCCACAUUUCAGGUGAGUCUUCCCACUUCAGUGAACCUAAUAUAGGUAAGCCCUCACAGAUAAUCAAAAAGACUUAUGUCUUUGGACUCCAGAUCUUGUCAAGUUGACAAUAUUAACUACCAAUCCUAACAGCUGACAACCCUUGGUGGGGGGGUUCCCAUAAAUAGCAAUAACUUGGAAAUUCUAGUUCUGACAAGUUCAAAGAACAAGCAAUGGGCGUAGAAACAAGCCAUGAAGAAACUCCCUAAGGAUGAUCCUCCAGUGAACGCAGAUAGCAACAGGACUGACCUACAAUUGGCUUAUAUACUUUGUGGAUCUAAAAAGGCAGCACCUGGGAUGAUUUUCUUCCUCUUCUGCUAAUUGUACUUCUGUUACAACCGCCAGCUCUCUGAAGGAAUGACUAGGUUUGGUCCCAUUGCUGAGAGUUCCUCUUCAACUCUAAAAAUACCAUCAUUCUGUUCAAAAGUUGUUAUCGAUAGUCUCACUGUUCUCAUCUUUUUCUUCUUGUGCUCCCUCCUGGGCUUUGUGUGGAAUCCCCCCCCCACCCCCUAAGGAUCGCUCCAGAAGUCACUCUAGAUGCUCCUGUAUAUCCAUGGAAUGCCCUCACAUCCAUUCCCAAUGGCCAGGGAAAGAUGAUUCCCCUUCUUCCCACCAUGACCCUAGACAAGUGUUUGAUUGAUGUAGAACACUCUGAAGGAAAUUCCAGAGCUUUCCAGCAGUUUUUAUACAUAGGAAAACACUUGCAGAAAUUAAAUACUAAUUGUUUAAUUUAUUUAUAUUUUUGGUGCUAAAGAUCAAACCCAGGGAUCAUACUAGAUAAGCAUUCUGUGACUAAGAUAUAUCCUAGGCCCCAUGCUUAACUUUUAAAUGACAGAGAUCAUGUUCAAUAAAAUAUUAAAAUUA